CAAGAUGAUAAAGACAUUUUCUGGGUUGCAAUUAUUGCAAGAACUGCAUUUAGCACGGCUGCUGCUCCUACUCUCACAAACCAUCAUUAUGUCUUUAUACUAGCCAAUGACUUUGAUAAUGGUGGUCUUAAUCAAGAAUUGGCCAAUACAAUCAUUAAUAAUAAGCUUGCUUCAGGCUCUCACGAAGCUAAAUAA